AUGUUUUAUGCACAUUUUGUACUUGCCAAAAAAGGGCCUCUGGCUCGAAUUUGGCUUGCUGCCCAUUGGGAUAAGAAGUUGACUAAAGCCCAUGUUUUUGAAACUAACAUUGAAAAAUCAGUUGAUGGCAUCCUUCAACCUAAGGUUAAGAUGGCUCUCCGAACAUCAGGACAUUUGCUUUUGGGUGUUGUUCGGAUUUAUUCACGAAAAGCGAAAUAUCUACUGGCAGACUGUAAUGAAGCUUUUGUUAAAAUUAAAAUGGCUUUUCGACCUGGAAUGGUUGACUUGCCAGAAGAUAACAGAGAAGCUGCUAUUAAUGCAAUUACCCUUCCCGAAGUUUUUCAUGAUUUUGACACUGCUAUGCCUGAAUUAAAUUAUUUUUGUAGUGAUGUUGACAUCGAAGCCCAAUUUAGUCUUAAUCAGUCAAGAGCGGAAGAGAUAACUAUGCGUGAAGACUAUGGAAACAUGAGUUCACUUGUUGAACAAGAGGAAGGAUUUGGGGAUAUGGGCUUUGGCUCGGACGGUCAUGCAGAUAUUCUGCGGCAUGCUUCCAGACUGGACUCCCUCGAUCAGGCUAAUUUACUCUUCGGGGGAGAUGGGCUUGAUCCACCGGAAAAGGAAAAGGAACCCCAGCCUUCAACCUCAAGUGCCCAACUUGAAAGACCACCUCUGGAUAUUGAUGCUCCCAUAAGAGAUGAUGGUUUUGGUGGAAAUUUAGCUCAUGAUCUAAUGGGAGGUGGCCUAUUUGAAGGAGGACUGUUUGAUGAUGCACCAAUGCAGGUUCCAUCAGACGACCAGCCAUCGGCUGCUUCUGAACAGCCCGUUCCCAUUCCUGAACCUCAAUCAGAUGAUGAUGACGAUGAUAGAUUUGCUGCCCCCAGCCCUGCGGCCCCAAGUUCUGAUGGUGGCUCACGGCCUGCAACUCCUAUUCCACCGCCAGUUGAAAUGGCUCCUCCACCUGUGCCUGAGGUCGAGCCUGUAUUACCUCCACCUCCUACUUCAGAUCAGACAGUUCUUCUCCACAAUGAGGAGGAGUCGUUUGCCUUAGGACCAGUAGAUGCUUCUGCUCUCAGAGGUUCCACAAAAACAAAGAGGAAAAGGAAACUAAUUGUUGAUGAAGUUAAAAAUAUCUCUGGUGAAGAAAUGAAGGCUCAAUUGAGUGACACAAGUGAUAUUGUUACUUCCCUUGAUCUUGCACCACCAACUAAGAGGCUGAUGCAUUGGAAAGAAACUGGAGGCGUUGAAAAACUCUUUGCCCUACCUGGCAGAAAUAUUUCUGCUAGAUGUUUAUUCAAAAUUUACCAACGACAUUUGACUUCCCGUGCAGCUCCUAAUGAUGAUGGUCUUGAUAGUGAAAAGGAUGCCAUGCACCUAGAUCAAGUUCCUGAAGAAAUCGUACCACCACCAAGGAGAGGACGCAAACGAAAGAAUCAAGAAAUGAUUGAGGAACCACACCAUGAAGUUGAUGAGCAGGCGAGGAAGGUGGCGCCACCACCAACACCUCAGACUCCAAUUCAUCCAGCUACACCAGCACCUCCCACUCCUGCCCCUGUUGACAUGGAUACAGCACCACUCUCAGUCGCCCCCCUUUCAGUGGCACCUCUCUCAGUUGCCCCGAUGUCAGUGGCACCCAUCGAUGGGUUGGAUCCUAUGUCAGUACCUCCUCUGUCUGUUGGACCUCCUUUGGACCAGCAGCAUGAAGCACCCAACAUGACACCUUUUAGCAUAGAUUCAUCACUUCCUCACCUUCCGCCAGAGCAGAUGAGCUUAUUAGAAGAAUCAUUACGCCCCGGCCAGACACCCCUCCAUAACAUGGGAUAUGAAGAAGGCGGCGAAGGCUUGAUGGCUAACAUGGGUUAUGAAGAAGGAGCUCCUCCCCCAACGACACCUGGUGCCCUCUCUGAAAAGGGUGCUCCAACACCUUGGAACGAUGAUUAUGAUUUCCCUGUCUCAGUCGGCCCGCCUGAAGAACAAGCGAAUGAUGAGACAUUUGAGCAGUUUGAAGAACGAGUCCUGAAUAAGAGAGCAGCUCACAUGUACAACCUUGUGAGGACGAAGUUCGCUGAUGAGCAGAAUAUAUUCUUUUCUACUCUAGUUGUUCGGAACAAUAGAAAACAGGCUGCCCAGAAGUUUUAUUCCCUUCUCAUGCUGAAGAAAUUCCAGGUAGUAGAGCUUGAACAAGAAUCAUCGUACGCUGACAUCCUGAUAGAAAGGGGAGUCAAUUUCGAUAAUCCAACAUUAUAA